GACUUUUAUUUUGGAUUGGUGGUGUGAUGUCAUAAGGCUGCGCCGGACUCCAGUGUCUGUGAUACGGUUGAUGAAAGAAAAACUCCUGGUGAAGCAACUGAGAUCCAUGUGACACUUUUAUAAAGAUGGCGUUUAUUAAAGAGGAGAGUGAGGACAUGAAGGUUGACGAAGUAUUCAGUCUGAAACAAGAAGAGACUGAUGAACAAUCAAAGAUGGCAUUUAUUAAAGAGGAGAGUGAAGGCAUAAGGAUUGAAGAAGUAUUCAGUUUGAAACAAGAAGAUCCUGAGGAACAAACAGAUCUAAUGGUGCUGAAAGAGGAGAGGGAAUUACUCAAUACAGAGAAAGAUCAAUAUGAGAAUCUUCAUGAUUUAAUACCUGGAGAAAAAUCUUUUAAAUGCUCACAGACUGAAAAGACUUCCACACGAAAAAAAGCUCAAAAGUCAGGAACUAGAAGUUAUUUCACUUGCAUUCACUGUGGAAAAUGUUUCAACCAACAAGGAAACCUUAAAGUCCACAUGAGAAUUCACACUGGAGAGAAGCCUAACAGAUCCCCUCAGUGUGGAAAGAGUUUCAAUCAAGAUGGAAGCCUUAAAGUUCAUAAGAGGGUUAACACUGGAAAGAGUCCCUUCACAUGCCAACAAUGUGGAAACAGUUUCACUCAUAAAAGAAGUCUUAACAGGCACAUGAGAGAUCACACUGGAGAGAAGGCUUACGCAUGCCCUCAGUGUGGAAAGAGUUUUAAUAAUCAUGGAAACCUUAUAGUGCACAUGAGAAUUCACACUAAUGAUAAGCCUUACACCUGCCAACAGUGUGGAAGAAGUUUCAUCAGAAAAGGACACCUUAAUUACCACAUGAAAGUUCACACUGGAGAGAACCUGUUCACUUGCAAACAGUGUGGAAAGUGUGUCAGUCAUAAAUCAAGCCUUAAGAGGCACAUGAGAGUUCACAUUGGAGAGAGCCCUUUCACGUGCCAACAGUGUGGAAAGAGUUUCAGGCAUAAAUCAAGCCUUAAAAUGCACAUGAGAAUUCACACUGGAGAGAGCUUUAUAACUUGCCAACGGUGUGGAAAGAGUUUCCGUCGAAAAUCAAGCCUUAACAGGCACAUGAAAGUUCACAUUGGAGAGAGAGCUUUCGCUUGCCAACAGUGUGGAAAGAGUUUCACUCAAAAAACAGGCCUUAACCGGCACAUGAAUGUUCACACUGGAGAGAGCCAUUUCACUUGCCAACAGUGUGGAAUAAGUUUCACUCAAAAAGGAAGCUUGAACAGGCACACAAGAAUUCACACUGGAGAAAAGCCUUACACAUGCCAAGAGUGUGGAGAGAGUUUUGCUCGACAUGGAACUCUUCAAAUUCACAUGAGCGUUCACACUGGAGAGAAGCCUUACACAUGCCUUCAAUGUGGAAAGAGUUUCGAUCGUCAUGGAAACCUUAAGAUCCACAUGAGACUUCACAACGGAGAGAAGCCUUACACAUGCUCUAAGUGUGGAAAGAGUUUCACUCAAAAAACACACCUUGAAUUCCACAUGAGGAUUCACUCAAAAGAGAACUUUUGAAUGUCACUAAGGUGAAACGAGUUUUACAGACAAGAAACACCUAAUGUAAUAACACCGGAGAGAAGCCUUUCAUGUGUAAAGACUUGUAAAUCUUGAGGUUCACAUAAACUGGAAAAUGGCACUGUUGUAUUCUGUCGAGCUGCUUUAAAGCUGAGUUACACCUUGCAACAUCAACACUGGUAUCUGAACUGAAUUAACAAUAAACUAAAUAACUACA